AUGUCGACGCUGCUGGAGCUAAAGAGCAGUGUGCUGAGGCAGGUGCAGAGGAGCCAGUCCCUGAGGAGCCGGAGGGAGCCUCCACCUGCCAGCGCGGGCCCGUCGACACUCCCACACAAAUCUGACAGGGUCGCUUUCGGGGGUGCCAAGGGGAAUGGGGACUUUUUUGAGCGAAUGAACAAAAUUGUCCAGAAGCAAGACAGUCUCUUGACUUCCACUCAAGCUGAGGAGGACAUUAUUGUCGGUCCGCUGCCGCCAGAGUGUACGGACUAUCUGCUUGUACCGGAGAAAACCACGAGGAAUGAACUUGAUUUAUUGUACGAGGAGGUGGUCUACACUGUCGUUAAUCGAGUCGGGGUGCCAUCACCUGAAUAUGUGACCAAUGAAGAGGAUUUGUUCAGCUACUUAAAGAAGGUGUUUGAUAUGAGCCAAGAGGAGCACGAAAUCAUUCUCCAGAGAGUGAGAGAAUCUAAGAGACCAGGCUUCUCUCUAAGAGUCUCUGUCAUGAAAGGAAAGAAUCUCAUGGCAAAAGAUGCCAACGGUUACAGUGACCCCUAUUGCAUGCUGGGUAUUCUUGUGGGACAAAGCCCACGCGAGACUGAAGAAAGAAAAGAAAGGAAGUUCAGCUUCCGUAAGAGGAAGGAAAAGUUAGAGAAGCGUUCCAGCGUCAAGGAAGUGCUGUCUGCCAGAGACAUCCAAGUGACUGAAGUGAAACCUGAGACGCUCAACCCUGUGUGGAACGAACAUUUUGUUUUUGACAUUGAUGACGUCCAGAAUGAUCUUCUUCAUCUGGAUAUAUGGGAUCACGACGAUGACGUGUCGGUCGCUGAAGCGUGCCGUAAGCUGAACGAGAUCAGUGGGUUCAGAGGAAUGGGCAGGUACUUCAAGCAAAUUGCCAAAUCUGUGAGAGCCAACGGAGCGUCAGCAUCAGGGAGCGAAGAGAAUGCCGAUGACUUUCUCGGUUGCCUGAACAUCCCAUUAAGUGAGAUCCCAGUUAUUGGCUAUGAUAAGUGGUUCAAGCUAGAGCCACGAUCCAGUGCAUCUAAAGUGCAGGGAGAAUGUCACCUCAUUUUAAGACUCUUCACCAACCAGAGGGACACUGCUUUGAGCAAAAUGGUUUCAAAUGUGAUCAUUCAUCAGAAGAUGUUAAGUCAGAUUCUGGACUAUGAGCACAAGAAAGUUCAGAAAGAACCCUAUAACUGGAAUGGACAGGUGUGCCCAGCAGCAUGGACUGUGCUCUCCCAUCAUGCUGUGCAGGCCGAUCUUACUCCACUGCAACAGGCAGUCAUUCGCUGGCACUGCUACAGUGGCCAUCAUCGCUCUCAGAGGAUGUGUUAUGCACUACUGCUCAGGCUGCUGAGGGCCGUGGAGGCAGAGUGGGAGGCUGGAGAUGUGAAUAAGGAGCUGGAGAACCUCCUUGCUGAGAGCUUUAAACUCUACUGUGAUUACUGCCUGUCUCUUAUGAAGAGCAUGAGGCACGUGUUCCCGUGCACCAACCCUGCUGCCAUCACGCGAUGUGAGAUAAUGCUGAGGACUGUCGGACAGAUGCAGCUGAUGCAAGCAUUUAAGGCAGUUUGUCCUAACCGCAAUGAGCUACAUCUGGAAAUAGCAACUGUCAUAAAGAAAGGCACGGUGGAGUGGUAUGAGGCCACAAUUUCACACUUUAAACCAGACGAAGGGACUGUGGAAGAGCAGCUGAAGAGACUGGUUCUGGUGGUGGAUGCAGUGUGUGUUGAUGUCCAACAAGGGCAGAAUGUCUACAACAAGCUCUUUCAUAACUCAGUGAAGGUGGACUUCUUCAGCAUCUCCUAUCGGCAGUUAGAGAAGCUGGUGGCUGAUGACGUCAGUGUUGCAAUGGAGCGUGUUUGUGGGACUUUGGAACAAGAGAAUUAUCGACUCUCCCAGACGAUGGGGGAAACCUUGUUCGAAGUCUUCAUAUCUUUGAAGACCCUCAAACGAUUCAGGGAGUUCCUGCCUCUCAGAGACACUAAGAUGCUGGCACUAACAGGUUUUCACAAUUGGUUCAAAUCCUCCAUUCAUAAAUGGCUGCAGAUUGUGCACGAGAAGUCUACUGACAGGAUCCACAAGUCUGUGGAGAUGGACCAGUUCGAGCCAGUCCAGCAGCAUGCCAAGCACAGUGUGUCGGCUGUGGAUGUCACCACAUGCUUCAAUCAGGUACAAGAGUUCUGGACCCAGCUAGCUUGGCCUGACUCAGCAGGGGCAUUCAUCUUCAUCACCCGCUUGACAGAUAAUUUGUGCAACGAGGCAGUGUGCUAUGCAGAGCUCCUGAAGCGCAAAAUUGAGAGGAACCAGCUGGGUCAGGACCACCGGACCUUCAUCAUGCAGCUUUCUGUGGCACUUAACAACAUUGAACAUGUGCGCGGAUAUCUGUCCAGCUUGCCACGGGAGCUGAACUGGCGGGCCGUGGAGCAGGCUAUGGAGGAGUCAUGCGGUGCUGAAGGCAAGGAACAAGUGAACAAGGCCCUAAAUGGCCAGCUGUACAAUGCUGACUUGGAUCUGCAGAGAGAGGCUAAGAGGCUAAUCACACACCUCACUGAUAAGAUGCUUCCUGAGCUUAGGAGAUACAUUCAGCACAUCAGCCUCUCUCCAGACACCAUAAAUAAUGACGAUGCCGUGUCUCCAUUGAUGAAAUUCCUCGAUUCCACCUUAGACAUUCUCACUGAUUCAUUGGUGAAGGAGAACCUGACAAGAGUUCUCUGGACUCUCUGGGAGCUACUGCUGAGGAUGAUCCUGGACUCAGUGGCAGAAAACAGAGGUGUCCAGGUUGAGUUCUACACACGGUUCCAAUAUACUAUAGAGACCUUAGUGCGGUUCUUCCAUGCCAGCAGUGAUGGGCUGCUAUUAGAGGACCUCAAAUCUGGGGACUACAAGGUCCUGGAAGAAGAACUGCGACUGAACAAGUGCACCUCCUUUGAACUGAUCGAGCAGUACUUCUUGGAGAAGAUAUCCCAGCAGAGAAUCUUGAAGCACAGUCGAUUUGGGCGUAUUAGUGUUAAAUGUUACUAUGAUGCUCCUGAACAAAGACUCACUGUGGAGAUACUACAUGCAGCUGAUCUCAUUGCCCUGGAUGCUAAUGGUCUAAGUGAUCCAUUCGUCAUAGUGGAGCUUUGUCCUCACCACCUCUUCCCUAACUCCAGGAGUCAACGCACACAAGUGAAGCUCAAAACUCUGCACCCAGUUUUUGAUGAGCUCUUCUACUUUCAUGUAAGUCCUGAGCAGUACAGACACAGGUGUGCUUGCCUCACCUUCACUGUGAUGGAUUAUGACUGGUUAUCAACCAAUGAUUUCGCUGGAGAAGCAGUGGCCCCCCUGAGUGACUUCUGUUGGCCAGGCCGACCCAAUGCCACUGCUGCAGGGAAAACUCUGCAGCCUUUUAUCCUACACCUGUUCCGUCAGAAACCAAGUGAGAAACCAAUCAUGAAGAUGCUAGAGGCAAGGACAGGAGACCGAGAAGCUCAAGAGUUUGUGCGAAGGCUGAAAGAGAUCGAGAAGUCAAUGGAGGAAGAGUAAUUUUUCAU